UGCUGCGAGAAAUGUGUUUUCGCGAUCACUUCGUGUAAUCGCGUGAAAGACAAAAAAACGUAGCAGAAUUUCUCGAUUCAGAUGGCUCUCUCCUUUGCAUAGCAUUGUGAUUUCAGUUAUACGUGCACAGUAGUAUCGGUGACAUCGUAGCAAUAAAGUACUUUAUGUUUUUGAUGAGUUUAUAUACUGCGUGACUGUACCUCAGGAGUCCUGCUCCACUGCGCUCGGACAACAAUAAUUCCGUUGCAGAUCCUCGGAGCGUGCUACUCAUAUGUAGCACCACUGUCUUCCUGAAGACGAUAGAAUGACGGUUCUGGCGGCAGCUAAGUCGUUUAAAUGCUAUUUUGAGACAUUGAUAGGCCAGAACAAUCACCCAAUUUUACUGCCCUGACUUCUUCUUGUGGGUGUGUCUGAAGAGUCAAAUGUAUGCUACACAACAUCAUAUCAUGGCUGAAAUCCAGGAAAGGACUCACACAGCUGUGGAGUAGAUCUCAUUGAACUGAUGACAUCACGUUUUCUGAUACAGUCCAAGGAUGUAGCACUGUAUCGGGGUGUGCAGUCAAAUGCAAGUGAACACCUUAAAAGCAUUUUACGUGAGGAAAUAAAUAACAUAAAAGCAGCUGGUACAUGGAAGGAGGAAAGGAUUAUCACAUCAAGCCAAAGCACUUUGAUCAGUGUUGCUGGUCAAAACACUAAGAUACUGAAUUUCUGUGCCAAUAAUUAUCUUGGUUUAUCAAAUCAUCCAGAAGUAGUCCAUGCAGCAAAAACAGCUCUUGAAAAAUAUGGUGCUGGACUGAGUUCAGUUCGUUUCAUUUGUGGAACACAAAGUAUACAUAAGGAACUAGAAAAGAAAAUUGCAGACUUCCAUUGUAAGGAAGACACUAUAUUGUAUCCCAGUUGUUUUGAUGCAAAUGGUGGCUUUUUUGAGUCAGUGCUUACACCAAAAGAUGCAGUUAUUUCUGAUGAACUGAACCAUGCUUCCAUCAUUGAUGGUAUACGUCUCUGCAAGGCACAGAAGUUCAGAUACAAACACAGAGAUAUGGCAGAUUUGGAAGAACAUCUGAAGAAAGUCGGUGAUGCUAGACUGAAAGUGAUUGCCACUGAUGGUGUAUUUUCAAUGGAUGGCAAUGUUGCUCCUUUGCCAGAUAUAUGCAAACUGGCACAAAAGUAUGGGGCUCUCACAUUUGUGGAUGAGUGUCAUGCAACAGGAUUUUUUGGGAAAACAGGAAGGGGGACUGAGGAAUUCUACGGCAUGAUGGGAGCAAUUGACAUUAUCACAUCUACACUGGGAAAGGCAGUAGGUGGAGCUGCAGGAGGAUACACAACAGGUCCUAAGGAGUUGAUUGAUCUCCUAAGACAGCGUAGCCGGCCAUACCUUUUUUCCAACUCAAUGCCGCCAGCUGUUGUCGGAGCUGCAAUUAAGGCACUGGAUUUGCUUAUCAAUGACAGCUCAUUUACUGAACGUAUUCAGAAGAAUACAGAGAGAUUCCGUUCUGCAAUGACUAAAGCAGGAUUCACUAUUGCUGGGGAGGAUCAUCCUAUCUGCCCUGUCAUGUUAGGUGAUGCUAAACUUGCAACUAGUUUUGCAGAACAAAUGUUGUGUAGAGGCAUUUAUGUGAUUGGCUUCAGUUAUCCUGUGGUGCCCAAAGACAAAGCCAGGAUUCGGGUGCAGAUAUCUGCAGCACAUACAAAUGAUGAAAUUGACAAAGCUGUGAAUGCAUUUGUUGACAUUGGCAAGAAGAUGAAUGUGAUAAAAUAAAAUACUUCUCAUAACAUGAUAAAUAUUAAAUAUGUAUAACAGA